CGCACGCGCACGACGCCGCGCCACCGCUCUCGCGCCGCGAUCCAAAUUCAAAGUUUGACGGUUCAGUGCAAGGUGUAUGACAGUGAAUAGUGCUAAACACGCAAAAUGGUGAAUAAAGUUAGGUUACUCGCCACGGCUUUAUUGCUACUAUUAACAAAAGAUGUGCAGUCAGUGGAAAAGCAUAUAAUUGAGACGUCAGCGGAGUCGGCUGACUUGUCCACGGAGGUGUCAGUGGUUUCCGUGGCCAGCUCCUCCUCAUCAUCAGCUGAGUUACGCGAAGGGUCAGGAGAAGACCCUCCAGAUCCUAUACCGUCGAUAGGGAUAGUCAAGAAUGAAACUAGAGAGGCGUUGAAAACCGACGGAACUGAACAAGAUCCGGUGGUGUUCCUCUCUGAGAAGAACAGCUACAUACCCGUGAGCAUCAAGCCGCGCUCCCCCGCCGUGGACAGCGCGUGGAGAGAGCCUCCUGCCUGGGAGAGAGAGUACCGCCGCCACAGGACCAACGGCAGCAGAGUCCAAUAUAUUGAAGCUGAGUGCCAGGAUGACUUUAUGAAGAUCAGAGUCGGAUUCAAUGGCUCUUUUGCUGGAUUAGUGUAUUCUGCAGGAUACUCAUAUGAUCCGGACUGCAUGUACAUCAAUGGAACUGGCCGCGACUACUACGAGUUCUACAUCCAGCUCAACCGUUGCGGGACCCUGGGCCGGAACAGCCAGCACGACGACAAUAGGAAACAUCCUACGAAGAACCUGAUGUGGAACACCAUCACGGUGCAGUACAACCCGCUCAUCGAGGAGGAGCUGGACGAGCACUUCAAGGUCACCUGCGAGUACGGGUACGACUUCUGGAAGACCGUCACCUUUCCCUUCCUGGAUGUUGAGGUAGCAACCGGCAACCCGGUAGUAUUCACACUCCAACCACCUGAAUGUUAUAUGGAGAUCAGGUCGGGCUACGGGGCCGGCGGCGCGCGAGUCUCCGGCCCGGUCAGGGUUGGCGACCCGCUCACGUUGCUCAUCUACAUGAGGAGUGCUUAUGACGGAUUCGAUAUUGUGGUGAACGACUGCUUCGCCCAUAACGGUGCAACCAAGCGGAUACAACUCAUUGACGAGUACGGAUGUCCAGUGGACGACAAGUUGAUAUCCCGAUUCCGAGGUUCGUGGUCCGAGUCGGGCGUGUUCGAGACGCAAGUGUAUGCCUACAUGAAAACGUUCCGAUUUACGGGCUCACCGGCUCUGUACAUCGAGUGUGACGUCAGAAUGUGCCAUGGGAGGUGUCCUUCCCAGCCCUGCCACUGGCGGAACAUGAAGAGCGUCCGCCGGCGGUCUGUGGAAUCGGAGUCAGCGAGCGUGGCGCCGCGCUUCGUCAGCCGGCGGUCUGUGGAAUCGGAGUCGGCGAGCGUGGCGCCGCGCCUGUCGGAGAAUAUCUCGCUGUUCCAGUCGCUAAGAGUGCUGCAGGAAGGCGAGGAGGAUUCGGAGCUCGCUGCUAGCACAGCGGUAGCCGAAGGCCAAACUUGCAUGAAGACCUCAGCGCUAUCGGCGCUAGUAGCGUCAUGCGGCGCGCUAGUAGCGGCAUUAUGCGGCGCGCUAUUGGUCGCAGCGCGCGGCUGGCGGCGCUCGAACAACGCUACGCCACACCACGCGUACGUGCCGCAUAAGGGACGGAUCAAAUAAAGUAAAAAAGUUGGUUUUUGAGACUGACUUAUAAACUGCACCGCGUGAUGCAAAAGCCUCAAAUCGUAGUUUUCAAAACCUAAUUCUCUUGGGCCCUUUUAGGGCACUCACCGUUUAUUGCUAAGGUUAAUACUGGUUAUUAAACUUGAAAAUAGUUUACUUCUACCUAUAUGGAUUUUCCAACGGCUACCAGGGUUGAGUUUUGUAGUGUCGUAAAUCCAUCGAGGUAUAAAAAUCAGAAAAGGUUAGCCCAAUCAUCUACAAGUUAAAAUUAGUCUAAACCUUACAUUGUGGUUAGUUUAACUUCUUAACUUUAGUAUGCAUCAAACGAAAUAAAAAUUCUGGCUUUGGCUGGAAAAAUGAUUUGAUUAUAAUAAUUUAGCUGGGAGUAGGUACCAUACAACUACAAGUGCGGUGAUUUUUAGUUUGAGAUUAUGGAUCUAAUACUCUGUUGAGAAACCUUGAAAUCUUAGAUUUUAAUCAUCUAAUAAUCUUAUUCGUACAAAGAUAUGGUAUUGAAAUUAAUUUAUAGAUAAAUAAGUGAACUAUCUUAGAAAUUUAAUGGAACGAUUGUUUGGGCCCAGUUCCAAGAUUUCUAAUGAUAUCUCAAUAACUAGUUAGUUUUCAAGGUUUAUUACUUUAAAGGUAUCUUUAGUUUAGAAACGUGGAAAUGAUUAAAAACAUGGAAGACGAAUUGAGAGGACUCGUAUUUUAUAAAAAUACGUCUCCUCCUUUUUGUCAAACAUUUACUCAUUACAAGUUACUUCCCAAUAUUGUGAUAAAAUCAGUUUAAAAUAAGUGUAAUUUUAAGUUUAAUUUAUUUAUGACAACGAUUAAUUUAGUGAAAUAGACCAAUUACUAAUAUCAACACCUAAUUUAAGAGGUUUUUGGUUUGGAAUUAAUUUCUAUACUUAAAACCUAAUUUUACGAAGUACUUUGAUAAAUUUUUCAGUUGAAAGUUCAAAUCUGUAAAUAUUAUUUAAGUUUAGUGUUAUUUGCUAGAUAAUAAU